AAAUAUGGCUACACGCACCUUUCUGCUGGUGACCUUCUUCGAGAUGAACGAAAAAGGCCAGGCUCACAGUAUGGAGAACUCAUUGAGAACUACAUUAAGGAAGGGGAAAUUGUACCGGUUGAAAUAACAAUCAGCUUGAUCAAGAGGGCUAUGGAUCAAACAAUGGCUGCCAAUUCCCAGAAGAACAAGUUCUUGAUUGAUGGAUUUCCCAGGAAUGAAGAUAAUCUUCAAGGCUGGAAUAAGACUAUGGAUGGAAAGGCUGAUGUUUCUUUUGUUCUUUUUUUCGAUUGUGACAAUGAGAUAUGUGUUAGCCGCUGUCUUGAAAGAGGCAAGAGCAGUGGUAGGAGUGAUGACAAUCGGGAGAGUCUGGAAAAGAGAAUUAAUACGUAUCUGCAGUCUACUAAGCCUAUAAUAGACUUGUAUGAGAGAAUGGGAAAAGUCAGAAAAGUGGAUGCCUCUAAAUCCGUUGAUGAAGUUUUUGAAAAGGUUGUACAAAUUUUCGACAAAGAAGGCUAAUUCCCAGCUUGAAAGUUCAUUUAAACUUGUGCUUGAAUCUUGCUUGAAUAGCUGCUACUGCAGUCCACUCUUUGUAAUUGUUUUAAAAUAUUUUUAAUUGUUUUUUCACAUAUCUAAUGAUGAUUGGAAAAACAAUUAAUUACAAACGGAUCUGGUUUUUAAAUAGGAAGUAAUUUCUUGUCGCUAUAGUAUAUACAUUUCAGGGUUCUCCAUUAGUACAAGCUCAGUUACUCACAUAGCAAAACCACAGAUAAAACGUGUCUCUGAAGAGACUAUUUAUUCUGUCACAGUUCUGUGCCUGUCAUGGGCAAUCCUUCUUAUUCCUUAUUGCCAUAAACCUAUUUUGGUUUUUUUUGAGGAUAAACUAAACAGCAACAAGAAGCAAUGGGGGAUCUGUGUCCUCUUGGUUGCUUUUCAAGAUGCUUGGACCAAAUUUAGCAGAUACUUUUUCAGAGUAUAAUUAUGUCACCAAGUUCCUUGUUAUCCCCAAACCUGAAUCCUGUA